AUGCCUCCGUCGUGCCUGGGCGCAUGCAGCGGUGGCGGACUAGCCCUCUCCGCCCCCCGCCGCCGCGCCCCCUCCUACUGCAGCGUCGCGCCCCAUAGGGCUUCCGUCUCGUGCUCCGCCGCCGGCGGCAAGGCGUCGCCGCGGGGGAAGGACAACGUCUGGAGCGUCGAUAACGACCGCGCCGCCAAGGAGGCGGUCCGGGGCCCCAAGCACCGCCGCAGGAGACGACCCAGCGGUCGCCGCCUGCCGCCGCCGAAGAGGAAGGGGAAGGAUGCGGAGUCGAGGGUUCUAGUGUCUGGAGCCAUGCUUGUGGAGGUCGAGACUGUGCUCCAAGCUCAGGAACCUGUCAUAAAGCCUUCUUGGGAUACAUUUGCAAGUAGUUUAAGUGGUAACUGGAAGGGUGUUGGAGCUGUCUUCUCGCCAAUCACAGCAGAGAUGGAGCCUGUUGGAGUUGGGAGCAAAGAAGAGUACCUUUAUGACUGCUACACUCUUUCUCACAUUGAGAGAUCUUUUGAUGGUGGUCAUGGCUCUGAGAUCCAAAGGAAGACAAAUUGGGUCCCAAUCAAUCCUUUUGGUGAAGCUGAGAAGCAGAUCACAUCAUAUGACGGUGGGAGUCAAAGCACUUCCAGUGGGAAGGGAACUGCUAAUUUACCUUCAUAUGAGUCUUUUGAUCUUAACAGGAGUGCUGUGCUUGAUGAAGAAACUUUUUCUAUGGAGCCUGGAAUUGUAUUUUUUGAGGACGGAUCAUACUCUAGAGGUCCAGUUGAUAUAGCAAUUGGUGAAUACGAUGAAUCUAAAUAUUUCCUUUCACCAACAUAUAAGUUUGAGCAAUGUCUUGUUAAAGGUUGCCACAAUAGAUUGCGGAUUGUGCAUACAAUUGAGUUUAACGAAGGAGGAGCUAACAUACAAAUUGUAAGGGUUGCUGUGUAUGAAGAAAAAUGGGCCAGCCCAGCAAAUAUCCAUUUUGAAGAUGAUACACUUGUUGACCUUAAACCAUUCUCUCAAAGAAGCCGGACGAAACCAUCGGAACUGACAGGCUCCUGGAAAGUAUACGAAGUCAGUGCAACCCCAAUUUUCAGUGAUGAAAUGCAAGAACUAGAAGGCGGUUCUCCUUUUGUCUACUUGUGCAUGGAGACGGUGAAGAAGAGAACCCUGCCAGAGAGUUCAGUUUUCUUUGGGGAGGAGGAGAUGCUCGACAUGCAGGAUGUCACCGUGCUUUGGUUACCUGGUGGCGUCACUGCUUAUGUUGACAUCAGUGAAGACGGCAUACUCUGUAUCGGAGUUGGGUGGUACUCAGAAGAAGGGAUUAACCUGGUGAUGGAGAGAGACUAUGGAACCGAUGGGAGGCUCAGGGAGAUCUCGCUCUUCUUUUGGGGGUCAAACACGCCAUUGCAACCUGAAGACAUUCAUCUGGAUACCCCAGCUUCAGCUCCACCUUGCUUGAAACUUGAAAGUCUCUGGGAGACUGGCACUGGCUAG